GGAGAGAGAGAACAUCUGUAUACGUUUGUCACUCUUAAGUCACCCCGUUCUGUUUAAACCAACUUCUUCUUCUUCUUCUUCUUCAAAACUUACUCGUUAGGCUUUCACAGCUUCAAUGGCGAUGGCAGCCGCCAGCUGCUCGUUCUCUAUGUUCACCCUUAGCGACGCCUCUCCAAUCCCUUAUUUUGGCUGCCAUUACACGUGGAGAACCUUCUACUCAGAUUUAAUUAGAGUCAAUAAAGCUAUGCCUUCCAAACGAAGAGCUAUAAAGAGAGGCUCAUCCUUUAAUAGAGAAAUCAGCGAAGAGAUGAAAGAUGUUUCUAGGCAGAAGUUGUCUGGAAGAUCGAAAGGUAAAAGAUCAUCUUCACUUCCUGACAGGGGUGGAAUGGAGAUGGGUCAAACCCAAUCAACGGCAUUUAAAUCGCCUGACAUGCGAAGGAAAGACAAGAAAGGUUUUGGGUAUGACCCUAAGGAGCCACAGGUCAGUGGUUCAGGCAGUCUUCAAGAUGCAACUUUUCUCAAUGCAGUCGUGAAGGUUUAUUGCACUCAUACAGCACCUGAUUAUUCCCUUCCCUGGCAAAAACAGAGACAGUAUACAAGUACAGGAAGCGGUUUCAUGAUUGGGGAUGGAAAGCUUUUGACAAAUGCACAUUGUGUUGAACAUGAUACACAGGUCAAAGUGAAGAGAAGAGGAGAUGACACUAAAUUUGUGGCAAAGGUUUUAGCUAGGGGAGUUGAAUGUGACAUUGCUUUGCUUUCAGUAGAGAGUGAGGAAUUCUGGAAAGGAGCUGAGCCACUCUGUUUUGGGCGGCUUCCAUGUCUUCAGGAUGCUGUAACUGUUGUAGGCUACCCACUUGGAGGAGACACCAUAUCAGUGACAAAAGGAGUGGUUUCUCGAAUAGAGGUUACAUCGUAUGCUCAUGGAUCAUCUGACCUGCUUGGCAUUCAAAUUGAUGCAGCAAUAAAUCCAGGAAAUAGUGGUGGUCCUGCAUUCAAUGAUGUGGGGGAGUGUAUUGGGGUGGCAUUUCAGGUUUACAGAUCUGAAGAUGCUGAAAAUAUUGGAUAUGUAAUUCCCACGACAGUCAUUUCUCAUUUCUUGGAAGACUAUGAAAGAAAUGGGAAGUAUACUGGAUUCCCUUGCCUUGGAGUCUUGCUUCAGAAGUUGGAGAAUUCAGCACUUCGUGCAUGCUUAAAAGUGCAAUCUAAUGAGGGCGUUUUGGUACGGAGAGUUGAGCCCACUUCUGCUGCAAAUAAUGUUUUGAAAGAGGGGGACGUGAUCGUAAGCUUUGAUGAUGUUCGUGUAGGAUGUGAAGGAACUGUGCCAUUUCGAUCAACUGAGCGCAUAGUAUUCCACUAUCUAAUAAGUCAAAAGUUUGCAGGUGAUGUGGCAGAGCUUGGUAUUAUUCGAAAGGGAACUUCUAUGAAAGUUCAAAUAGCACUAAAUCCACGGGUGCAUUUGGUCCCUUACCACAUUGAAGGAGGCCAACCUUCUUAUCUGAUUAUUGCUGGACUUGUGUUCACGCCACUCUCAGAACCUCUUAUUGAUGAGGAACGUGAAGACACCAUAGGGUUGAAACUAUUGGUGAAGGCACGGUAUUCAUUGGCCAAGUUCAAAGGGGAACAGAUAGUGAUCCUCUCGCAGGUCUUGGCAAAUGAGGUGAACAUCGGAUAUGAGGAAAUGGGCAAUCAGCAGGUUCUAAAGUUCAAUGGAACUCCAAUAAAAAACAUACGACACUUGGCAUAUCUCGUUGACUCAUGCAAGGACAAGUAUUUAGUCUUCGAGUUUGAAGACAACUUCCUUGCGGUCUUCGUACGGGAAGCUGUUUCUUCGACCACACCUCGCAUCCUCAAGGAUUAUGGGAUUCCAUCUGAGAGGUCUUCAGAUCUGUUGGAGCCGUAUCUGGAUUCGUCAGAAUGUGACCAAAUAAUAAAUCAUGACAUCUGCGACAGUCCAGUCUCAAAUUCGGAAAUUGGGUUCGAUGGACUUCUUUGGGCAUGAGAAGAAAAUUCAGAUUGGGCAGGAUUCAUUUCCUCAAGAGACUGUCUUUGAGGUACACAUCUUUGGAGGGACAGACAUAUGACAUUAGAUUUUGGAUUACCCACUGUCACAAUCAGAGUCACAUUCUUCAUGUUGGUUUUAUUUUUUGGUGUCAUCCAACAGCAUGCACCAAGUGGCUGUUAUUGUUUCUCCUUUCAAAAUUCAGGUUCAGAUAAUAAAAUAUAGCUCUCUUGGAAUUUUGGUUCA